CAGCCUCAGUAAAAGUAUAUCACGUGACUGUCCAGAUUAUUGGACUCUAGAUUAACAAUUAUACAUACUAACUGUUCAGUGGACACCUGUUUCAUUACUCCAACAUCUGAGAGCAGUACAUACACAUCAUUUCGUGCCUGAUUCAGUAGUAACACAGACAGGUUAUCAUGCCUUACAAAAUCAUCGAUUACGACUUCACCACCGAAGCCGAUCUGGCUCGUUUGAUUCUUGAUUACAAAGGAAUUGAGUAUGAAUCUGUGAGAUUGAGCAAGGAAAACGCUGCUGAAGCAGAAGCAACUGCCCCAUUCGGAAAGUUACCAAUCCUAGAAGAAGAUGGAGAAGUUACCGUAGGAGGACCUGCAUUACCAUCAUACUUGGCAAUGAAACAUGACUUUGCAGGAUCGGACAUCAAACAAAAAGGCAAGUGUGCUACAAUCAUCGUUGGACUUCGAGAGAUGUUCGUUAAAUUUCGGCAGGAAGAUAUGAUGAAACUGACUCAGGAAGAGAAGGUGUGUUUGUUUUGUUUAAUUAUAAAAUAACUAGAAGGCAGUUUAUGCACU